AUGAUAGUGGAGGGCUUGGUUGCUGCUGUCGGACCGCCUGCUGCGCCUGAGUUGUCUCUAACACUGCCCAGUGCUCGCUGCCUCACCUGCUUGAACUCUCCUACACGAGUAUGUGCCACGACGAGUACAACCAUCGACAACGUUAUCACCAACAUCCCGAAAGUUGACGUUGUAGUGUUAAAUCCUGCCAUCUCUGAUCACUUCGCUCAGGAGAUUGUGAUUAAUGGACAUGAUCCGAUGACUAGACUUGAGGAUAUAAACAUCGUGGAGGAGGAGGAUGAGGAACAGAUAAUUGAGAAAAGAAGAAAACAAAGAGAGGAACUUCUCAAGAGGCUCGGAGUAAGCGAGGACUCAAACCUAACUAACAGUCCUGCAGCCCCGGAGCCUGCCCAGGGGGAGACUGAACCUGCCUCUGCUCCCACUCCUAAACCCAAGCGUAAGUCAAGAUUCGAACCUGAGCCCACGCCCACACAGAAGCAAGAAAACAAGAACACACAGCGAAAGGACGGCAAAUGGGACAUGUUUGCUGAAGCAGAUAACUUUGGCGGCCAGUACAAUAGUCCAAGCAUGGUGACAAAAGGGGGGCUGUUGCCUGAGAAUCCGAGUCUCACAGACAACUGGGACGAUGCUGAGGGCUAUUACAGGGUGAGGAUCGGUGAGACCAUGGACAACCGCUAUGUGGUGUACGGCUACACUGGCCAGGGGGUGUUCUCCAACGUCAUCCGAGCGAGGGACGGAGCAAGGGGCAAUCAGGACGUGGCAAUCAAAAUCAUCAGGAAUAAUGAAAUCAUGCACAAAACAGGUUUGAAAGAACUGGAUAUUCUGAAGAGGUUGAAUGACACGGAUCCUGACGACAGAUUUCACUGUCUUCGGCUCUUUAGACAUUUCUUCCACAAGCAGCAUUUGUGCAUGGUGUUCGAGCCCCUCAGCAUGAAUUUAAGAGAGGUUUUGAAAAAGUAUGGAAAAGAUGUUGGGCUUCACAUCAAAGCUGUCCGCUCAUAUAGUCAGCAGUUAUUUUUGGCUCUCAAACUUCUGAAAAAAGCCAACAUAUUACAUGCUGAUAUCAAACCUGAUAAUAUUUUGGUAAAUGAAAACAAACUUGUGCUAAAAUUAUGUGACUUUGGGUCGGCUUCACAUGUGGCUGAGAAUGAAAUCACACCUUAUCUUGUCAGUCGGUUCUACAGAGCUCCUGAAGUCAUUUUAGGAAUUCCUUACGACUUUGGAGUAGAUAUGUGGUCAGCUGGGUGCACCAUAUUUGAACUUUACACUGGAAAAAUCAUGUUCUCUGGAAAGUCUAAUAAUCAAAUGCUGAAAUUCUUUAUGGACUUCAAGGGGAAAAUGCCAAAUAAAAUAAUAAGGAAAGGUGCUUUCAAAGAUCAACAUUUUGACCACAACUGCAAUUUCUUAUACCAUGAAGUUGACAAGGUCACAGAAAGGGAGAAAGUGGUGACGAUGUCGACUAUCAACAUAACCAGAGAUCUGCAGUCUGAACUGGUUGGCAACCAGCACCUGCCCGAUGAUCAAGCCAGGAAAGUCAACCAGCUCAAGGACCUACUGGAGAAAAUUCUGAUGCUGGACUCGACCAAGCGAAUCCCCAUCAACCAGGCACUGACUCACCCAUUCAUCCAAGAGAAGAUAUAGUGCCUGCAGAGGUAACCCUUGUGUGGACAAAGUUUAUUUCGGUUUUGUCUCGUUUAAUGAAAAUUUUAGGCCCUCGAUAGUUUGCAAUCUGUACAUAAAUGAUAUCAAUUUGGGUGUAGUGAUAGGUAGAUGCAUAAUUAAUAAUGUAAAAAAUGUAAGGCCACUUUGUAUUAUUGUUUCUUUAUUUCGAGGAUGCAUUUUAUAAAUGAAGAUAUUACUAAAACUGUUAUUAUUGUUUUCGUAACAAUUUUACUAUUAAUAUUGUAUUAUUUACAACCACUGAAUGUUUAUAAGGAGGUGUUUUGUUAAUAACAGCUAUAGUUUUAUGUGAGUGUCUUGUUUUUUAGGAAAAUGAAGUUAUUUUAGUAUACAAAAAUCAAUAAUACAGUACAUAGUUGUAUGGAUCAAGCCUCUUCACAGAAAUCAAUAGGAUUACUUGAUUAUUGUGAAAAAAAGAAAAUGUAUGUGCUUUGUAAAUAAAUGGUUUUUGAAAUCAUGCUAAUGGA